UGUCUCUUGUCCCUCUAGGUGCUACCUAUUGGAUGGGAUCUCUAAAGGAGCCUGGCUGAACCGCUCAAGCAUCAUAUUCGCAGGAAACGACAAGUGGUCUGUGGACCCACGUGUGUCCAUUGUGUCCAGUGUUGGAGACAAACAUGAGUACAGCCUUCAGAUACAGAAAGUGGAUGUUUCUGAUGACGGCCAGUACACGUGCUCCAUUCAGAGUGAGCGCAACCCACGGCCAAAGCUCCUCAACCUCAUUGUAAAAGUUCCACCCAAGAUAUACGACAUUUCCUCUGACAUCACGGUAAACGAGGGCAUCAAUGUGUCGCUCAUCUGCACAGCCAGUGGGAAACCUGAGCCAAGCAUUUCCUGGAGACACAUAACCCCAUCAGGUGAGUUCACUUCACCUCUCACACACCUAUGCUAA